UAGUAUAUGUAAGUUGAAUUAAAACAUGCAGGAAAAGAGUGAAAUACUCAUAAAACAUAAUUAAAUCUUCUUCUAGGUUUUAAGGGCUGUAUUGAUCACAAAUUCAAAAGUUUGAAACCUUUGCAUUACACAAAUUAUCGCGAUCUUCUUCCUGUCCAAAAAAAGGAAGUAUGUGUUAACGCUGAUUGGUCAACUCAGCAGUCAAGAAAAAGCACCUAUGACCAAGGAGAAAUAUUUCGGCACGCCCCCUUCCUUUCGGGACGCCUAUUUCUCCGACCUGCAGAGACCCCUACUAGGACUACGCAACUGAUUACAAGUAGAUCUGACCGCUACUACAACCCUCUCGCGCUUAGCGCAUCUAGUCAGCCUGUAGCUUCUGCAUUCAGAAGAUUACACACGAACACCCAAUUAUCGCAGCGACUUGGACUUGCCUAAAGUUGUAAGUUUUUGAUAACAAACACGUAUAGUCACAAAGCACGUGUCAUGUUUCUUGAGGAGAUCUUCUGUUGGUCUACUUCUGGAGUGACUGUGCUCCUAUGUGUCUUCUCUCUGCUCCUUCUGGCUCUCCGUGGUCAGCGAAGAACACGUGGCACCUUGCCUCCAGGUCCCAGACCCUGGCCGCUAGUUGGCAACCUCCUCCAGAUGGGGGAACAGGUCCAUUUGUCCCUAACUAACCUGAGGGUUCAGUAUGGCGAUGUGUUCCAGGUGAAGAUGGGUUCUCUUGUGGUGGUGGUUUUGAGCGGCUAUUCCACGGUCAAAGAGGCUUUGGUGCGACAAGGAGAGGCAUUUGCUGGACGUCCUGAUUUUUUCUCCUUCUCGGCGAUCGCUAAUGGCGAAAGCAUGACAUUUAGUGAGAAGUAUGGUGAAACUUGGGUGCUUCACAAAAAGAUUUGCAGAAAUGCUUUGAAGACCUUCUCGCAAGCUGAAGCCCGAGACUCGAGUGCCUCUUGUCUCUUAGAGGAACGUAUCUGUGCAGAGGCCUUGGAGAUGGUGGAGGCUCUUAAGGAACAAGGUAAUGAGGCUGGAGAUGAGGGGAUCGAUCCCUCAAUAGUGCUAGUGACCUCGGUUGCAAAUGUGGUUUGCGCUCUGUGUUUUGGGAAGCGAUACAACUAUAACGAUACGGAGUUCCUCACCAUUGUCAACAUUAAUACGGAAGUUCUACGCCUCUUCGCUGGGGGGAAUCUGGCGGACUUAUUUCCCAUCUUUCGUUACCUGCCCAGUCCCUCUUUGAGAAAGAUGUUUCAGUUCACAAGCAGGAUGAAUGCAUUUAUGGAACGCAACAUCAAGGAACAUCUCAAUACCUUUGAUAGGAACUGUAUCCGGGACAUCACAGAUGCUUUAAUUGCAAUGUGUGAAGACCGAGAGGAGGACGAAGCUACACUCAGCAAUUCACAGAUCGUGCGCAGUGUCAUCGACAUCUUUGGAGCCGGUUUUGACACUAUCAUCACAGGUUUACAGUGGAGCAUUUUAUAUCUGAUCAAGUUUCCAGACAUUCAAGCUAAAAUCUUCCAAGAGAUAGAUAACCAGGUUGGGACGAACAGGCUUCCACAGUUUAAUGAUAAACCAAACAUGCCAUACACUGAGGCUUUCAUGUAUGAGGUGUUUCGUCAUUCAUCUUACAUGCCUUUCACUAUACCACACUGCACAACUGAAAACAUUACAUUUCAUGGAUACUUCAUCCCCAAAGACACAUGUGUGUUCAUCAACCAAUAUCAAGUCAAUCAUGACAUGGAGAUGUGGGGUGAUCCAGAGUCCUUCCACCCUGAACGCUUCCUCUCCCAGUCUGGUAAUUUAAAUAAAACACUCACAGAGAAAGUAAUGAUAUUCGGUAUGGGAAUACGACGCUGCCUCGGUGACAAUUUUGCCCGUCUGGAGAUUUUUGUGUUCUUAACCACUCUGCUCCAACGUCUUAAUAUAGAGAACGUUCCCGGGCAGGAGCUUGACCUGAGCUCCACAUUUGCCCUCAGCAUGAAACCCAAACACUUCCGUAUAAAAAUCACACCUCGUAACUAAAUAUAUACGAUAUCAGUGUUCUGUUUCUCUGUUAUUUGUUAUUAUACAGACAUCAAAUGGACAGAAUCAUGUUUGAAAUGUAAGCCCUGGAUAAGCAUUAGCUAUUAGCUUCCAAAAUAUUUGCUGUUGCGCAUAUUUUUCAUGUCUACGCAAUAUUUGUGCCAAUGCAUAAGGGUCAUGAAAGCAUUUUGGCUUCGGUCUGUAGCUCAAACACGGACUGGAAAGGCACAAGGUGAAUUUUAUAGCCUUUUUUAAAAAGCUAAAAUGCCUCCUAAAACAAAAAUGAUGUUUUAAUUUUUUUGUGUGUAUAAAAAUUAGAUGAACGAUGUGUAUAAAAAUUAUGUUUAAUAUGUUGUUUUAUAAGCCAAAAAUGUAAUGAAUGGUAUUGAUGACUUUGCAUUAAUUAACAACGCAUUUUACAUCUUACAGAAUGUAUAGAUCUUGAUGAUAAUAUAGGUUUUAAAUCUUUUAAGAAUCGUUUUAAAUCUUUUUAAAUCGUUUUUUUGUCAAAUCUACAGUUUAACUAAGCUUAUAAUUCUUCAUUAUUAUAUAAUGUUAUGGAAUGAAGAACAUUUAAAGAUUUACUGCAUAAUUCAGUUUACUGGUUCAAAUGUUACAGAUUGCAAAACUCCUGUCUUUACAGUUGUUGUGUGUUUCAUUUUUAAUCCAGUAAUGUUUUGAACGAAUAAUAAAAAAGUGAUAUUUGCCUAGAAUAACAAUUCAA